GUUCACUAGCAUUGUAACUACAUGGUUGCACUACAAAUAAUCUGUGAGCAGAAAGAGGGUACAGAGCUCGGGGCUGAUUGUGGAGGUCUGCUUUAAGGAUAGAGAAGUAUAUUUGAUGACACACGGUCAGCGUUCUGGCAGGAGGAGACAAAGAGGUCACUCCAGGCCUCUGUCCUCCAUGCCCGCUCCCCCAGGCUUCACUCGACUGGAGCAGAAUGAGCCUAUGAACACUCUGCGUAUCUCUGUAGGAGGCCUCCCUAUGUUGGCUUCCAUGGCCAACACCACUGACCCUCGUUUCCGCCUUAAGUGGAAGCCCAUCGUGGCGGUGGGCGUCUCCGUGGUCCUGCUUCUGCUGUUCUUCAUGCACUUCAGCUUAGGCUUGCGCCCCCGCACCUACGGCUCCCACAGCUGGAGAGCCAGUCACAUUGACGCCCAGCAGUCCGAUUCCCACUACAACGACACCUACCCUCUCAGUCCGCCUGAGCGCACACCGCAGGGCACCCGCUACCGCAUCGGGGUCAUUGCCGACCUGGACACAAGCUCUCGUAGUGACAAGAAGCUGACAUGGUUCAGCUACAUGCGGCGGGGGUACCUGUUGGUGUCCCAAAGUGGUGACAAGGUAGCAGUUGAGUGGGAUGCGGACAGGGUGAUGCUGGAAAGUCAUCUGUCAGAGAAGGGCAGGGGUAUGGAGCUGUCUGAGCUGGUGGUGUUCAAUGGGAAGCUCUACAGCGUCGAUGACAGAACAGGCGUGGUCUACCACAUUCACGGUGACAAGGCUGUGCCCUGGGUCAUCUUACCUGACGGCGAUGGCAACGUUGCUAAAGGGUUCAAAGCUGAGUGGAUGGCAGUAAAGGACAAGAACCUGUACGUCGGCGGUCUGGGGAAAGAGUGGACCACCACUGAAGGCGAGUUUGUCAACAACAACCCAGAGUGGGUGAAAGUAGUGGGCUUCAGAGGGGAUGUACAACAUGAGAACUGGGUUCCCAAGUACAAAUCUUUGAAGUCUGCUGCAGGGAUAGAGCCUCCAGGGUAUCUUAUUCAUGAGUCAGCAGCGUGGAGCGACACCCUGCAGCGCUGGUUUUUCUUCCCUCGCCGCGCCAGCAAGGAGCGCUAUGAGGAGACGGCAGACGAGCGUCGCGCCACGAACCUCGUCCUUAGCUGCUCGCCAGAUUUCAAAGACAUCAUUGUGAGUCGAGUGGGUCCACUGAACCCCACUCAUGGUUUCUCCUCCUUCAAGUUUGUCCCCAAUACAGACGACCAGAUCAUUCUGGCUCUCAAGUCAGAGGAAGACGCCGGAAAGAUUGCUACGUACAUCAUGGCCUUCACACUUGACGGACGCAUCCUUUUACCUGAAACCAAGAUUGGGGAUGUGAAAUAUGAGGGCUUGGAGUUCAUAUAGACUGAGAGACAACUGCACUGUUUUAUUUUGUUUACAAUCCAGUCACUGUUGAAUUAACCGCACUCGCUGCUUCCUCAUUGAGUUUAUAAAAGACACAACUCCAACCCUUAAAGGAUCAUCUUUGGUAUAAAUAGAAGAACUAUUGGCUGUAAGAUAUGGUCCCGUUUUGGGUUUUGAGAAUGUGCCAGGCAAAACAAAACAAUGCCAGCAUGUUUUGUGGUGGAUCAUCUCCUUCCAAGGCCAAAUGUGGCACUCAACAGUACUGUAACCUUUCUUAUAAUGAAUGUACAAAAGAUUGAUUUAUCAGACUGGGAUUUUUUUUUCUAAAGCAUACAUUUUCAUGCACAUACUAUACACUCUCAAAAGGUCAAAGGUGUUUUUUUCCCCUUGCUCCACGUUAAACAUCAUUCUGUACACACCAAACGUCAUUUUCAGUGGAAUAACUAAAGGCCUAUUUUUAUUCUUCAUAAAACUCAACAUUAUUUGAAGGAUAUUUUGGUGAAAAAUGUAUUAGUCUGUAUGUAAUAUUUUUGGUGGGAUGAGUAAAAUUCUGAUUCUUA